AUGACGUCUUUAGUGCUCAUCGGAGUUGGCAAAAUCGAUCGGGUAGCACAAAAGUUUGGAAUACCCAUCGUGAGGUUGAAAAUAAGAGGGUUGACUACAAUAGGUUACGUGGCAGAGAUGCACCAACGAAUCAUGCACCAAAACAAUGGAUUCACAAAGCUGGAAUUAAGGGGAAGGAAAAAAUCCCGGAAAUUGGGCCAAAUUAUAAUGAGGCAAUUAAUGGCGGUGUUUUUGACUGAUAACCUUUCCAUUAAGACUAUUUCAAAUAUUGAAAAUUUGAUUAGUCCCAAUAAGGGAGCUUUGACAGCUAAUUAUGCUAAGGAUUAUGGUCCCAAUAAGGAUUGUGGUGCUAAUUAUGCUAAGGAUAAGAUUCUGGCCUUGACAGCCCAUGGUGCUACAGCUGCCCCAUCAAAGCAGGCGGAGAAUAGUAGACCAACGUGCAAUGGACUAGAGUGUUGUGGGUCUUCAAAUGCCAUAGUAGCUCCGAUGGAAGGGGGUGUAAUUAGCAAUUGCUCUGGGGAUAGCUUUGAUAAUGAUAGCACAUCGGCUGAGGAAUGA